AUGUUCAGGAAUGCAGAGGCUGUGAAGGCCAGAGAGAGAGAAGAAGAACAGAAGAGAAAAACAGAAGAAGGGGUUUGGUAUUCGCGUCGUGUCGACGACGGAUGUCAACUACACUGGGCCAUCAUCACGCACGGCAAGAAGUAUGAACUUCGGUUACCUAAGGGCUUCCCAACGAAAGAGAAACUGCCGGACGGCCAGCAGACCAGCGUUUUUGAAACUCCGCGCGAGUAUGAGGACAGAGUAGUGCCAUGGUCACUGAAGGAAGAGACAAACAAGCUGCGGACGCUGAACCUCACCAAGCCAGGGAAGGGACACACACAAGACUACACCGUCUGCCAGAUCGGCUGGACUACCCUUACCGGAGAAGAGGUCGACACCGAAUGGAAAGCCUCACGCCAAGCACUCGCAGUGGACACACUCGGGUUCGACGACUGCCGGAACCUCCUUAAAAGCUUUGCGCGCAUUAUCAAGAAGCCUGAAGGAUGCGCUUUGGACUACGAUUGGUUCGCCGAAACCCUCGAAACACCGACACACAGGCUGAGCGAGAUUACUCCCGAGAAGGCUGUCAAGUCCUUUCAAUACAUGCUGCAAGAGGGAAGGGGGGCGCUAAUCGGCGCUGGCGCCGGAGCCGGAAUCAUGUACGGGGCUUAUGAAGCCGGGGAGUACAUGAACUCGGUCAAUGGGAAUGGCGCCAACACUGGUGUCCCGGCUGCCAGUGUAGAUGGGACUUGCGCCGUUUGUUUGUGUUGGGACUGUAAUUGCGGGGACUGCGGCUGCGGCUUGGAGUGGUGCAUAUGUUUACCAUGCUCAGGGGGAGCGUGCUAG